AUGGUGUCCAACAUGGAGAAGAAAAUUACCGCCGACUCGAGGCCGUCGGCAGAUCUCCCCCAAGACCCUUACCAGGAGACUAUACCGUCCAAAGAGACAACGAAUGAUACGGACACCAAUUUUCAUUCUCUAUCGCCGCCCAUGAAUUCGCCUCUUGAUAUCGAACAAAAAGACGAGGAAGCAGACAGACCUCCCAUCUCAGAGGCAGAACAAAAGGAGCCGGUGGUGGUGCCGCGACUGAAACGUAGAGGUCUUUUCGGUCAGCUCACGCUGCUCGCUGAAAUCGAGAACCCGAAGACUUAUGCGCGCAAGACAAAAUGGUUCAUUACUUUCAUCGUCGCAGUAGCCGGGGCGACGGCACCUAUGGGCAGUUCGAUAUUCUUCCUAUCCAGCUCGAUUGCUAUGCUCAUCGUGAUGCGAAUGUUGAGCGGCGGAGCAUCGGCUUCUGUUCAGGCAGUCGGUGCAGGCACAAUUGCAGACCUUUGGGACACCCACGAGCGGGGGCGUGCCAUGAGUAUCUUCUACCUAGGCCCGCUAUGCGGUCCGCUAUUGGCCCCAAUUAUUGGAGGUGCACUGGCUCAACGAUGGGGCUGGAGAAGCACUUUAUGGUUCCUUGCCGUAUACGGGGCAAUCACCGUCAUUUUCAUAUUUCUCGCUCUUCCUGAGACCCUAGUGACGUCGAAAGCCCCUAGCAUGGAUGAAGAGCAACAAGAAGCUGUCGGGCGCCAGCUGAGCCGAGUGUCUUCCCGGCAGGUGGUCCAGUUUACCACCAAAUGGCUAAGAAUUCUCAAGAUGGUGUUUAUUGACCCCCUCAAGAUCGUCCUCUAUCUACGAUAUCCGCCGGUAUUUCUGACUGUGUACUAUGCAAGCAUUACAUUUGGCUCGCUCUAUGUAUUGAACGUGAGUAUUGAGCAUACCUUUGGAAGAAGUCCCUAUAAUUUUGCUACGAUCAUUGUUGGUCUGCUUUACCUCCCAAACUCUGUGGGAUACAUGGUAGCGAGUUCGUUUGGCGGGCGAUGGAUGGAUGAAAUCAUGCAACGCGAGGCCCGAAAGGCGGAGAGAUACGACGAGAAUGGCAAACUGAUAUAUCAUCCUGAAGACCGAAUGCGGGAGAACGCGUGGCUCGGUGCUUUGCUUUAUCCCGCGGCGUUAAUCUGGUAUGGAUGGACUGCGGAUCGAGGAGUAUUUUGGCUUGCUCCGAUGAUUGCCAACUUCUUUUUCGGCAUUGGGUCGAUGCUUAUUUUUAGUAUGGCAACGACGAUGUUAACAGAAUUUAUGCCCAAGAAAUCAUCUGCAGGGGUCGCUUUAAACAAUUUUAUGCGGAACAUCUUCUCAUGUGUUGGGUCCCUGGUUACGGCCCCAAUCAUCGAUGCAAUCGGAAACGGGUGGCUUUUCACCAUCCUCGGGUUGGUGGCCUUUGCUAGCAGCUCCGUUCUCUUCGCUAUGAAGAUCUUUGGGCCUCGCUGGAGAAAGUCAAUGGAUGCGCUUAGCCAUUGA